ACAUAACGCUUCAAACGUACCACAACUAUAGGAGCGUUUACCUUAGCAUCGGUUGCAUCCGGUUCUUCAGUUUGCUUCGCAAACAAAAUUUCUAACUGCAUCCAUUCGGAAUCGUUUAAAGUGGGGUUCACUUGCGGCCUACUAAGAUUACAAAGUAAAUCGACUGGCAAAUGCCAACUUGGACGAAAUGGUGAAUCUAUUCGCAGCGGUUGCCGUAGGAGUCAUCGUCCUACUGUUGUACCAUUACGUGGCCAAGAAGUACCAGUACUUUCUGACCAAGCCAAUUCCGUGCAUCAAGCCCACGUUUCUGCUGGGCAUUUACGAUCAAGUGUUCUUCAAAAAAGUUAAGUUGGUGUUUGGCUCGAAAGUGCUCUACAACAGCUUCCCAGAUGCCAAGAUAAUCGGAUACUACACUGUCAUGGAGCCCACGUACAUGGUUCGCGAUCCGGAGAUGAUCAAGAAGAUCACCAUAAAAGAUUUUGAUCACUUCACCGAUCGAUCCCCGGUGUUGCCCUCUGCAUACGGCGAAUCAACCACCGAAGAUAGUCUAUUCUUCAAUUCUUUGUUUUCACUUCGUGGACAAAAGUGGCGCGACAUGCGAUCGACGCUAAGUCCAGCCUUCACCGGUAGUCGCAUCAGACAGAUGUUCGAGCUGGUGUCCGAUCGUGCGAUCAGCAUGAUGGACUUUUUCCAUUUGGAAGCAAGCUCCGGUCGCCGGAAGCUGGAGCUCGAAAUGAAGGACACUUUUUCGCGGUUCGUAAGCAAUGCGAUCGCUACGGUUGCUUUCGGGAUCGAGGUGGACUCGUUCCGCGAUCCGGAAAACGAAUUCUACAUUAAGGGCAAGCAAACACAGAACGUGCACACAUUCAAAGCCAUUGUGUUGUCUUUCGCGAUAAGAUUGCUGCCCUUUUUGCAGAAGGUAGUGAGAGUUGAUCUGGUCGAUGCUGACCUUGCGGAAUACUUCAAGAAGACGAUACUGGACAAUAUGGAACAACGCAGAGCUCGAGGGAUCGUUCGCAACGAUAUGGUGAACAUGCUGAUGGGGGCUCAGACGGGUGCACUGAAGCACGAGAAGGACGAACAAGAAGCAAAGGAAGCAGAUGGUUUUGCGACGGUCGAAGAAUCCAACGUUGGAAAGUCUACGCACUCCAGGAUUUGGACGGAGAACGAACUGGUCGCGCAGUGUUUCCUGUUCUUCUUUGCCGCAUUUGACAACAUAUCCAGUAUUUUGACCUUCCUAUCGUACGAACUUACGGUGGAUCAGGAAAUUCAAAAGCGCCUUUACGAAGAAAUCGAACAAACCGAAGCGUCACUUGGUGGUAAACCGUUGACGUACGAUGCUCUUCAGAAGAUGAAGUUCAUGGAUAUGGUCGUAUCGGAAACUCUGCGCAAGUGGCCAACGGCAACCCUAACAGAUCGCCACAGCAAUGAGGACUACGUGUUUGACGACGAAGCAGGGAUCAAAUUUGUCAUCGAGAAAGGUAACACCCUUUGGAUCCCGAUCCUGGCGAUUCAUCACGAUCCGAAAUACUACCCGUGUCCGGAACGGUUCGACCCGGAGCGGUUCAGUGAAGAGAAUAGGUCCCGGAUUACUCCGGGAACGUAUCUACCGUUCGGAGCGGGACCACGCAACUGCAUCGGACCGAGGUUGGCACUGAUGGAGAUCAAGAUGGCCAUGUACUAUCUGUUGCAAGACUUCCGCCUGGAGCCUUCGGAUCGGACGCAGAUUCCUCUGCAACUGUCCAAGAGUGCGUUCACGCUGCAACCAGAGAAAGGCGUUUGGUUGGAGCUGACGUCACGAAAGUAGAGCUAGUCUAUAACACACUAGCUUCAUGUAACUCAAUUCGGGCACACUCAUUAGUUUGAGUUUUAGGCACUACAGAUGCUCAGAGACUGACACAUACGAGCGUCAAUUUUGUUAUGCAAUUGAUUCAGAGCAGAUGCGAAGUUCAGCUUAAUCAAACGCCAAUCAAAGAACUUUUCAGUCUCUGAGCACUUAAUGCCGUGUGGAAUUACUUAUUUCUAAGUGUGUAGUUGUACUUGAAUGUAUUCAUGAAACCUGAUAACAUUACAUUUGUG